AUGGCUGUACGCUCCAAACCGGUGCCUUAUACGGCGAACCCAUUGUAUCUUAUGCUCAGCGACCUUUGGCUUUUCGCCAGGAUCACAUUUACAUGGCUGCUAUCAGCAGGACUUCCCAGCAUCAUCUUACCGUUGUGGCCAACCAAGUUUCUUGACGAGUUGGCCUUCACUCCAGCAAAUGUAUGGGCUAUAUUCUUACACACCCUGCUCAUCAUCAGCCAAAUUGUUUUCUUGGUGUCUCUCAUCCCGUUGGCAUUCGGUUUGUUACCAAUCUUGUACUUUCUCUACAUCAUUGCUUUCGUACUCGGAAAUCAACUUGUAUCUGUUCUCCUGAACGGACGGCGACAACACGAGCUCAUCUCGUCGAACGAGAAAUGCGUAGAGGGCUGGCCGUCCCAUCCCAACGAGAAAUGGGUCUUUAUCAAUGGUGUUGCUGUUGGACGGAGUUGGUUGCAGGCUAACUUGGAUCGCCUCUCCAUGAUAUUCAGACGACCAGUCUACGCAAUUCACAAUCAGACGCGAGGCAUCAUCUUCGACGUUCUGGAAUGCAUCAUCCAGCGUGACCUGAACUAUGCCACUCUGGACAUCCGACAGGCGUACUCGGCGCUCACAGAGAUCCUCUCCGACAGUAAUGUGCAUAAAGUCGUUCUGAUUCUACACAGCCAGGGCGCUAUCGAAGGUGGAAUGGUUCUUGACUGGCUGUACUCUAGUGUUUCGGCGGAUGAAAUCCGGAAACUCGAGAUAUACACCUUCGGCAACGCCGCCAACCACUGGAAUGCCCCGGCCAAUGGCGGCCAUUCGAGCGGCAACACUGCGAGCAAUGCUCCCAACGGUGAUGAAGAAAAAUCCCCCUCCCAGACCCAGAGACUCAUCGAACACAUCGAACACUACGCGAAUACAGGGGACUAUGUUGCUCGAUUUGGUAUUCUUCAUUUUCGCCCGAACGAAGCUGCGGCGGCGGCGGCGGUGGUGGUGGAAUCGGCGGCCGCCACCAGAGCCAACGAAGAGAAUGGCUUUGCGGGCCUCCUCUUCAAACGCGAAGGGUCAGGUCACCAACUCAACCAGCACUAUCUGGGCCACAUGUUCGAGAUGGAAGGUGUCGACAAAGGUGACCUGUCCGAGGGCAAAGUCAAGGAUAGGAAUGCAUUUAUGAACUCGAUUGUCGAUGUCGACGUGCUGACGGAGUGGAAUACCGUGCAAGCUUCUCCGUUUGCGGGCAAGCAUGGUCAGCAAGUUUGGGAAUUCAGUCGGUUGUGGAGGUACCGGAAUGGCGGGAGCCCAUGA